ACGCAGACUGCCGCACGCAUGCGCAGCAGUUAGGAAAUGGUCCUUAUCUUUUUAACCUAAGCAGGAUCGAGCCCCUUUUUACAGGCUGCCGGAUUUGCCAUGAUGAUAUGCUGCAAAGCGAAGAACUGGGCACUCUGGUCCAAAUGCCUGGACAGAGGUUCAUGCCACAAACUGUUCCAUGUAAGAUGUCUGAGUGCAAAGGAUUCUGGGAUUCCCUCUGUAAAAAGCCGUCAACCACAGUGGCGACAGCAGGCACAUCUCUUUUCUAGUUUUCAGCAAGUUCACACGUGUUAUUCCAGGAAUCCUUUAAUUAGAACAUGUGUUUCCGGACCUUACCAAAGCAGGACUGUUGUGCUGUCAGCUGCUCUUUCGGCAGCAUCCACCAGUAACCCGAAUAGUGGGUAUGGGGUGUAUGAAAGCUUAGCGGAUUCUGCUCCAGUUCACCUUGCUGAAAGUCUUUUGACCGGCCUUCAGGAAGUUACAGGAUUGCCAUGGUGGGCUAAUAUAAUCUGUACUACUGUAGCCCUCAGGACAGCCGUUACUCUCCCAUUGUCUGUAUACCAGAUGUACAUAAUGUCUAAGGUGGAAAAUUUGCAGCCCGAGAUUGAACAGUUAACAAAAAGACUCCGUUAUGAAGUCUCGGUUUACGGCAAACAACAUGGCUGGAACGAUAGAGUUGCAAAGUUUUAUUUUACAAAGAAUUUAAAAAGAAUUAUCUCAGAGCUCUAUGUUAGAGACAACUGUCACCCUUUCAAGGCCAGCCUCCUGAUCUGGAUCCAAAUCCCAAUGUGGAUAUUUGUAUCCAUUGCACUGAGAAACAUCAGUUUUGCUACACCGGCUUCUAGCGUAGGGGACGCCGUUCAGAAGCAGUUAGCAGAAGGGGGAGCCCUCUGGUUUCCUGACCUUACGCUUCCUGAUUCCACAUGGAUCAUUCCAAUUUCUUUGGGGAUCAUAAACUUAGUGAUUGUGGAGAUGUUUGCUCUUAGAAAAAUUAAACUUUCAAAAUUCCAAAAGAUUUUAACCAACUUCAUACGAGGAAUUAGUAUAUUCAUGAUCCCUAUUGCUGCAAGUGUUCCUUCGUCCAUGGCAUUGUACUGGCUCUCAUCUAGUUGUGUUGGCUUGACCCACAAUCUACUGCUUCGAUCCCCAGCUCUCCGAAGGAUGUGCCGAAUUCCAAGGACAAAAUCUGACUCUGACACUCCCUAUAAAGACUUACUGUCUACAUUUAUACUUAAAUACAUUCCAAAAAAGUGAUUGUUAUUUUCCUGACAAAUGGUUGUUUAGUGUAAAUAUAAACAAAAAAAAAUACUUUUUUUGUAAUUGCUUCUUUGGUUUUAAAUGUGAUCUUUUUGAGCUACAACUACUAGGUUUUUAUUGCCACAACCCAAAUGAAACUAGUAGAUUUUUGUA